CAUUGGCUUAGGAUACGAAGACAAUGGGCAUUUCCGUCAUUGCAGGAUUUAGAAAGCACCAACUUCAUGUCUGAAACGCGAACACAAUACAAUACCGCUAUAAAAACUCUGAUUCCACCGCCAAUACUGCUACACACACACCACAUUAGAACUCCUCACAUUUAUUCCAUAAAAAUCAACCUUGCAUUUCCAACUAUAAAACACUGCCACCACAAAAGCACUCACAACUCCUCUCCCAUCUUUUUUCAGAUCUACACAACACACGAAAUCACAAAUAAAAAAAAAAAAAAAGUAAAAAAAAAGAAUGCAACUCCAACUCACACUCUCCACUCUCUUCCUCUUCUUUGUGCUGACAUCCCCAACCGUUUCCACCUCGGCAUCCCAGAGCAAGCCGCAGGAUCUGGUCCGAUCCUCGUGCGUGCACGCGCGGUACCCGAGGCUGUGCGUGCGCACGCUCUCUAACUUCGCGGGGCCCGCCAACACGCCGCUGGACCUGGCCCGGGCCGCGCUGCGGGUGAGCCUGGCCCACACGCGGCGGGCUUCCAAGUUCCUGCGGGGGCUGUCGGAAGGCGGCGCCGCAGCCNUGGGCAAGCGGCAGCGGUCGGCCCUGCGCGACUGCAAGGAGCAGAUUAAUGACUCCCUGGAGCAGCUGCAGAGGAGCCUGGAGGAGCUGCAGCACCUGCGGGCCGAGACCUUCCGGUGGCAGAUGAGCAACGCCCAGACGUGGGUCAGCGCCGCCCUCACCGACGGCGACACCUGUCUCGAUGGCUUCGACGGGAACGCCAGGCCCGACCUCAAGCGCAGGGUUACAGAUGUCGCUAGAGUCACUAGCAAUGCUUUGUACAUGAUCAAUCGCCUCGGUCAAACUGGGAAGCCCAGGCCCAGGCCCAGGCCCAGCCCCAAGAAUUGAUCAUGCAAAGAACAAUGUCGGAAGUGGAGUUGCUUGGUCAAGUUCAAGUAGUAUAGUACGUGAAGACUGUGAUGUCUAUUGUCUAGUUAACUAAUUAGGUAACCACCGUUUUUUUUUUUUUUUUUUUUUUUUUUUUUUCUGUUUCUUGCCGCAAAUAAAAUGAGAUAACUAUAUUACUACUCUGCACUCUGCGGUCAGUGCGCUGUAUUGUUAUUAUUCCUUUCUUUAAAUAUCGUCUCCUCCUCUUAAUUUA